UGACAGCUGAGCAUUCUUUAUUUACUAUUCCGACCGAUGAUUCUAUUGAUGAGGUUGGAGUGUAUUCAUUCCAAGUAUUGUGUCAAUUCCUAUAUCUGCAAUUGUGUUAUUUGUAAGUUUUCGAUCCUAGUAUUUUAAAUAACCUAUAUACUGGUAUUAAAUGCUGCAUUUUGUGGCAUUUUUUGUUGUUGGAAUUUUGAUGCGAUGAAUUGUUGUUUUAUGAAAAAUUCUUUGCUCAUUAUUGUUUUUACCGCGCCAGAAUCAACCAUCGCUAUUGUUAUGGUUGGAUUUUUACAACCUUCAAGAUUUUGUGAUGAUAAAUCCUCUGUGGGUGAUAUGCUCCUCCUUCGCACAUCACUGUUAUCCACCGUUGUGUCAUUAGAAGCGAUAGUUAAACAAUUUUCUUUAUAUAUAAAAUUAUUAAAUAUACAUUGUCUAAAUUAUAUGAUAAUGAAAAAUAUAAAAGUUGUUAAAGGAUCUUGGGGCCGAAACUUCUCAAUCACGACCUACUUGUCGCUGUUGUUGAUCUUUGAUGGCUUCUCUAGAGCUUCAUCCGCCUUCGAUUAGCGGAAUGCCUAUAUCACGACGUGUUCGGCAUAUUUAUCACGACAUGAUGUCCUUAUAAAACAUAAAGAAGUUCUACUAUUUAAUCUGCUCA